AACAACGUCGUCAAGUUUUACAGUAAGUUGGGUUAAUGUGGCUUAAAUUGCUUAGUUUUGCGUGCACAAAAAUCUGUACUUUCGGUGCUGUCCUUGUGUGUAAACAGAUAAUAUAGUUUUACCGAUAACUUUGAUCUUACCUGGUGGCUAAACGCUUCCCUCUAUCCCGUAAAAUUUGUGUUCACCGGAGAGCGACAACAACAACAUCAUACCCACAUGAAAGAUUAGAUGUUUAAAAGCCUUGUUCCUGCAGAAUGGCCAGUAAUAUGGCAGCACUGUGGCAGAAGCUUGGGUCAUUUCAGGCAAGAGAGAAAGAUGCAGGCCCAGCAAAACGAGGAACUGUUAGUGGGGAAUCACUGGAUCACACAGCCAAAGCUAUGCAGAUACAGGAGAACGGUAACAAGGCAGAGGAUUGGCUGAAUUACACACGGUUUAUCAAGCAUAGUGUGGAAUUCCCAGAUCCUGUCAGUCGUCACAACUUUCUGUGUGGUACUUAUGACUUAGCUAUUAAGGCAAUGUCUUUAGCUGAAAAUAAGAGAAAUGUCUCAUAUGCCAUCCUACUGAUCGAGUAUGCAAAUUUGAAAAGUCAAUAUAGCCCUGAUGAUGCCCGUGCCCUGUUUAACUAUGCACGUGUGAACAUAAAGAGACUGGCUGUCGUUUACAUCGCAGCUGCACAGUUUGAGCUCAGACAAGGUGCUCCGGGCAAGUGUAAAAAGAUUUUAGAGAAAGCCAAAAUGUUUGAUGUCCAGCCGUCCAGUCUUCUUCAGAAAGCCUUCAUCAGUUUCGAAGAAGGGAGGUCACAAUUGCUUACUGAGGAAGAAAUGGAGGCAUGCCUUAAGAGUGAAACUGAAAAAAACCAAAGUGGCAAUACUAAAAGUCUGGACAAUACUGGGGAUUUGAGUCAUACUGAUAAUAGCAGACAACCACUUGCUCCACUGUGCAACAAUUUUCCCAAAGGCUUUUCCUCUUGCCCUGUUACUGGAGGCGACAGCUCUAAGCACAGUCAGAUGAACACAAUGGCUCACCUGGCCAUGCCAAGAGAGGACAGCCACACUGAUCACAAACCUUGUUUCAGGAAUAAAGAUUUGGGAGUUGAUACAGGAGAUGUGGCUGGGACAGCAGAUAACAACACUGCCCCUAUAGAUAUGGAGACUGAGAGCCAUGCUUACCAUCCACCACCUCCCCCACCAGCAAGCUGCUCAAGGCCUCCUUUUCGGUCUUACCAUAGCACUCCAGACGUCAAAUCUGAGAAAAAGGCUUUGUCCUGUCGAGGAAAGUCCUCAAAGUUUGUUGCUCGCCGUGUGAAAAAGCUAGACAUUCCAGUUGUCACUCCUGAAGACGAAGACUCAGAAGAUGAAAUGUCCUUCAAUGACAUCAAACCUCUGGACAAAAGUCAACAUGAUGAGAACAGGACACUGGCAUCAGAGAGUAUGAACCAGUCCCACCCCGGCCACACGUCUGGCUAUGUCAGCUCUGUCAGCAUGACCAGUCACACCAAAACCCACCACCUUCCAGCAGCUACUCAAGAAGAGAGACCAAACAAAGCUGGUCCUGUCCAAGGAACAAAACCAGCAACAGACAUUAAUGAUAAACUGCACCGAGGCCUUGAGGAGAAAUGCUUUCAGGUGCCAGAGGUGAAACAUUGUGUAACACGUAUGGAGAAACCGGGCAUGUCCGUUCCAGUAAAACCCCACCCCGUACCUGCUACCCCCGAGAUGCUAACCCCCAGCAUAUCUGUGGCUAAGCCUGUACCCUGCUUGCUGUCUGCCAGCAGACCAGUACAACCACAGUCAGCCCAGCAGCCUCAUUGUCCUCAACUCUCAUUUCAACCUCUGAGUAAACCUAUGCCUAGCCAACCAGUUUUCUCAACUCCGUCCCACCAUGGUGUUCCAGUCAUGUCACAGCAGGUCACACCAAUGAUGGCACAGUACACCCCCAACAUGAAGUCAAUUCAAGAACUUUGUGUCAAUGGCAAGAGCUACUCAAUCCUGAAAGUGGUGGGCAAGGGAGGAUCUAGCAAGGUGUAUCACUGUUUUGACUUUGACAACCAGCAAAGUGUGGGGAUCAAAUAUGUGGAUCUCUCUGAUGCAGAUGAAACCAUCAUUCAGGGGUAUAAGAAUGAAAUUACUUUGCUCAAGAGGUUACAGUACAGCGAUAAAGUCAUCAAGAUGUAUGAUUAUGAACAUAACAAGGCACAAUGCUGCCUGCUGAUAGUGAUGGAGUUGGGAGACACAGACUUGGCCUCACUGUUUAGAAAUGCCAGCAAAAGCAAAGACAUUACACCAAGUCUGAUGAACUACUACUGGGAGGCAAUGCUAAAGGCUGUCAAAGUUUUACACAAAGAAGGAAUUAUUCACUCAGACUUGAAGCCAGCUAAUUUCUUGCUAGUCAAAGGGCAACUAAAGCUGAUAGACUUUGGUAUAGCCAAUGCCAUUCAGCAGGAUCGUACAAGUGUGGUGCGGGACGCUCAGGUAGGGACUCUCAAUUACAUGAGCCCGGAGGCCAUUGCAGACUCUUGUGGAGGGAUGACCAUGGAUGGAAGUGGAAGAGUUCAACCACGCUAUAAGAUUGGAGUGAAGAGUGAUGUGUGGUCAUUAGGAUGUAUUCUGUAUAACAUGGUGUAUGGCCGCACCCCAUUCCAACUCAUCACAAAGCCCCAUGAUGAAGUGUCAAGCUAUCAUCAGUCCCAGCUAUAGCAUAGAGUUCAAGGACAUUACUGACAAGGACCUGUUAGAUGUCAUGAAGCGCUGCCUGGUGCGAGAUGUCAAACUAAGACCUAGUAUAGAUGAACUUCUUGCUCAUCCCUAUCUCAGAAAGAGUAAAGCGCCUGCACCAGUCCCGGGCUCAAUGCAGACAAUUCUUGCAAAACUUCAGGCAGUAGCAAACUCACCAAACUCUCUGCGGAAGCUGGAGAAUGUACUGGAACAACUGCAAGACAGCAAGCCCCCAAAUGGAUCGGGUUUAUCAUAGUGUUAUGUGAAUCUCUCUGCUGCUAAGCUGUCCUUGGACUGCUUAGCU